AUGGCGUCUACAUCUGCGCUCAAAGUUACUCCUGCGAAUACUCCGGCAAGACCUAUGCCUGCCAAGUCUACAAGCACUCCUCCCGUGGACUCCUCUUCCGGCACCAAGGGAGCAGCCAACUCGAAAGGCGUCACCAAUCCUGCCGAUAUCUCCAGUCCUCACGAGCUUACAGCGUUCGUUGAGAACAUCUUAGGGGAUCUGGACGAGAAGUUCGACAACAUGUCCUCCCAGCUUCUUGAGCGAAUGAGACAAAUGUCGGAUCGCGUAGAUGCUCUUGAGGCUUCUAUUCAGGACAUCAUCAACGGUGAUGGGCCCAUACUGCCCAGUGGCGGCAGCACUCCUUCCUCGCCUGGCAUCGCGCAAUCAGGCUCGAUGGGGUUCUCGACUGCCCCGCAACCACGACGGACGGGGAGCGGACUAUGA